AUGACUGAUAUAGAUACACAGAAAGAUAAAGAGGUUACAUCUGUACAGCCACCUGCACCUGCAAAGAAAAAGAUUGUGUUAAGACGAUCUGCUGUGGCUUCAACCAGUGUAUUAAAUGAUCCUUUAAAAUAUGAAGUUCAAAUCAUUUCAAAACCGACAUCAGAUGAAACAACUACAACAACAACAACACCUAAUUUAAAUACAUUUAAUAACUGUGAUCAUAAAAGAGCAAGAAUAUUAAGUGCAAAAUAUCUUACAAAGUUUGAUAAUGUUGAACUCGGUAGUAUCAAGAGAGUAAUUGAAAUCAAGUUGGAUUUGGAAAAUGAUGUACAUUACCAGCCCGGUGACUACAUUUCCGUAUUCUCUCCUAAUCCUCAUGUGGUAGUAGAUCGUCUUUUAGCUAGAUUAGAUCUGAAUGACGGCGAACAAAUCAUUGUAAUAACAACAGCCACAACAACUACACCAACAGUAGCAGCAACAACUAAUACAGUAACAUUACCUGUUAACUUGCAACGUGCAAGUGGAAGAUCAAUUCGUUAUCUACUGACAAACGAAUUGGAUAUCUGUGGAAUCGUACCAAAGAGAUUGCUUCGUUUGCUUGGAGAGCUGGCAACAGAUGAACAAGAGAAGUCUGUGUUGCUAAAGAGUGCGACCAUCGAAGGAAAAGAUAUAUAUGCAAAAUUCCUUGAGGAGCGUGUCAACCUGCUAUCGUUACUAGAAAGAUUCCCAUCUGUGAAACCACCAUCGAUUCAACAUCUCAUUGAGAUCAUCUCACCGCAAGCACCUCGUGACUACUCGAUCUGCUCGUCGCCAUUGAUCGAUCCCACCAAAGCAUCGUUUGUGUUUAGCGUUGUCGACUACCCGAAUGUCGAUGGCAAGCAUAUCUACGGAUUGUGUACAACAUGGUUAGAAUCAAUCUGUAAAGAUAAUCAACUAUUAAUAUCAUCAUCUCAAUUAGAUGAUAAUAAUAACAAUCUUGAAUCUACACUUUCAAGACUUUCACUUACAAACGAUGACAAACAACAACAACAACAACAACCAGUUUAUAUUCCUUACAACUUUAAAUCAUCACCACAUUUCCAUCUACCGACAGACUGUCUCGCAAAGCCAAUCAUUAUGAUUGGUCCAGGCACAGGUGUUGCUCCAUUCAUUGGUUUCUUGCAACAUUUAGAAAUACUAAACAAACGACAUGAUAAAGAUAAUAAUAAUAAUAAUAAUAACAAUGAAACAUGGUUAUUCUUUGGAUGUAGAAGUGAAACAAAAGAUUUUAUUUAUCAAAAGGAAUUCAAUCAAUUUUUGGAGAAUAAUACUCUUAAACACUUGGUAACUGCAUUCUCAAGAGAGUUGAGCGAGCAGUCGUCGACGAAAGAUGUGACUCUUGGCUAUGUACAAGAGAAGAUAAAGAAUCAUUCGAAAGCACUAUUUGAUCUCAUGCACACCGGUGGUGCCUAUGUUUACAUCUGUGGCGAUGCCAAAGGUAUGUCAGUCGGAGUAAGACAGAGUUUCAUAGAGAUCAUAAAAGAACAAUUGGAUAUCACAGAUGACAACAGUGCAUCUGAAAUCUGGGUUAAUUGGUCAAAAGAAAAGAGAUAUCUUUUAGAUGUAUGGUCAUAA